CUUCCCUUCUUCUUUCCUCCCAAGUUCCCCAUGAACAAAAAUUUUCCCUAAAUUUCGGGAAAAUUCGUCGUCUGAUAGAAUCGAAAUCCUUUUCUCAAUUCAUUUCUGAUUCUUCCUUGCCCUCCGUUCUCUCCUCUAGACGACCAAAACGUCGUCGUUGGGAAGACAUUGUUGCUCUAAAAAAACUGCUUCAGUUGUCUUCUUUUCGAAGCUUCUCCACAAAAUUAAAAUCAAUCAUUUUGUUUUUGCGUUUUUGAAUAGACUGGAGUAGUAGCUUUAUUUUGACCUCUUUGACUUCCGUGAUUUCUUGAUAGUUUUAACCGUCGAGAGUCUUGAAGCAAUAAUCGUUUUUAAUAUCGUCAAGAAUCUUGAAGUGAUCAGUUUUGAUUGUUUGUUUGUUGAAGUUAAUUUCAGUGUAAAACGAUGACGUUGGAUUCGAUUCCCGGUAGUUCGGGUUACUUGGACGCAUUCCCGGAGAGGAGAAUGUCGUACUUCAGUAACUCGUACGUUCUUGGAUUGACGGUAAUUGCCGGCAUAGGUGGACUCCUAUUCGGCUACGAUACAGGUGUCAUAUCAGGAGCCCUUCUGUAUAUAAAAGAUGAUUUUGAGGUGGUAAAACAGAGUAGUUUCCUGCAGGAAACAAUUGUGAGCAUGGCUUUGGUUGGUGCAAUAAUUGGAGCUGCAUCAGGUGGUUGGAUUAAUGAUGCAUAUGGACGUAAGAAAGCUACUCUUCUUGCUGAUAUUGUAUUUACAGCUGGAGCAAUUGUCAUGGCCGCUGCUCCAGAUCCAUAUGUUCUAAUAUUGGGACGGCUUUUAGUUGGCCUGGGUGUGGGUGUGGCAUCUGUAACUGCUCCAGUAUAUAUAGCUGAAGCAGCCCCAUCAGAAGUAAGAGGUGGACUUGUUAGCACAAAUGUACUUAUGAUAACUGGUGGACAGUUUCUGUCCUACCUCGUAAAUCUUGCUUUUACUGAGGUACCUGGAACAUGGAGAUGGAUGUUAGGAGUAUCAGGUGUGCCAGCUGUCAUUCAGUUUGUCUUGAUGCUUUUUAUGCCAGAGUCUCCCCGGUGGCUUUUUAUGAAGAGGGAUAAAGAUAAAGCCAUUUCCAUUCUUAAUGUACAGAGUGAUAAAGAUAAAGCCAUUUCCGUGCUUGCUAGAAUUUAUGACAUUGAUCGGUUAGAGGAUGAAAUUGAUCACCUUUCUGCUGCUUCAGAGGAAGAACGCCAGAAAAAGAGUACUGUCAGAUACUUGGAUGUUUUUAAAAGAAAAGAGAUCAGACUUGCAUUUCUGGCUGGGGCUGGGCUUCAGGCUUUUCAGCAGUUCACGGGUAUAAAUACAGUUAUGUACUACAGCCCAACAAUUGUUCAAAUGGCCGGCUUCGAAUCAAACCAGCUCGCACUUCUCCUAUCUCUUGCUAUUGCCGCUUUAAACGCAGUUGGAACAAUUGUUGGGAUUUACCUAAUUGACCAUUUUGGAAGGAAAAAGUUGGCCCUCUCAAGUUUAUUUGGUGUAGUUUUAUCCCUUGUCCUCCUCGCUUGGGCAUUCUUUUCCGAAUCAUCUGGUUCCUCUAGUGGGCUCUAUGGGUGGAUUGCAGUUCUUGCAUUAGCCCUAUAUAUUGCUUUCUACUCACCUGGAAUGGGACCUGUGCCAUGGACUGUGAACUCCGAGGUGUAUCCUGAGCAAUACCGAGGGACAUGUGGGGGUAUGUCCGCUACUGUAAAUUGGGUCUCAAACUUGAUAGUAGCCCAAAGCUUUCUUUCAGUAGCUGAUGCUGUUGGUACCGGAGCCACUUUCUUGAUUCUCGCUUGCAUUGCUGUACUUGCAAUUGUGUUUGUGAUCGUAUUCGUGCCAGAGACUCAGGGAUUGACAUUUCUUGAAGUGGAACAGAUUUGGAAAGAGAGAGCUUGGGGCACUAUUUCCAACACAGAAAGCCUCCUGGAGCAUGGAAAUGACCCCUAAGGUUCGUGACAACCCAGAACCGGUGUUUCGAGUUUACAGAUUUCCAACAGUGUAAAGUUCGUGAUAAGGUGAGUAGCAUUUUAAAAUUAGUACUGAAUUUAGAGAUUCCGAACAUGGUUAUAGAUCAUUGAUGUACAUAUGGAUGCAUAAAGUAAAGUUUAUUACUAUGAACCCGAUCCACGCAGACCAUGGAAUCAACUUUUAUGUUCCAUGGUUUAAGAAUGUCAUCAUGCACGGGCAUAUAAACCUUAGGGAUGUACGAGAGACGAGUAGACUGUUGUGUUGAUAUAAGGCUUGUGUAGUCAUGUACUCGAGAGUGAUUUGUUGUACCUCUAGUAAAGGUACAUUGGAAUUGUUUAUAUUGUUUGUUUUU